CAUCUCCCAGAGCUCCUGGUCCUGCUCCAACAGCCCUCGCUGACAGCAACAUGAAGGUCUCUGCAGCCCUUUUGGGUCUUCUCCUCCUUGCAGCCUCCUUCUCCCAGACUCUCUGUGGCCCAGAUGGAUCUAACCGCCCAGUCUGCUGCUUCUCCUACACACAGCACAAGCUUCCCCAGAAUCUCAUCCUCCGUCACUACAGCACCAGCACCAGCUGCCCCAAGGCUGCCAUUGUGUUCAUCACAAAGAAAGGCCGUCAGGUCUGUGCCAACCCCAGUGACACCUGGGUCCAGAGCUACCUGCAAAGCUUGAAGCAGAACUGA